UUUUCCUUUCCCUCCACGCCCACUCUCGGACCAAACGAUAUUAAAGUUUGCAACCCAAACUGAUCGCUCCAACUUCAACUUUUGCGACAACCACUCCUUUCUCACUAAACAUUCUCAGUUGCGGGUAAAAGUACGGUUAUGACACUUUGAACAUGUACAUCAAACAGGUUGUGAUCGAAGGUUUUAAGAGUUAUCGAGAGCAAAUUUCCACAGAGCCUUUCAGCUCUAAAGUGAACUGUGUUGUUGGUGCUAAUGGAUCUGGGAAGACAAACUUUUUUCAUGCCAUCCGUUUUGUAUUAAGUGAUCUCUUUCAAAACCUACGUGGUGAAGAUCGACAGGCACUACUCCAUGAAGGAGCUGGACACCAAGUUUUAUCUGCUUUUGUGGAGAUUGUCUUUGAUAAUUCAGACAACCGUAUCCCGGUUGACAAGGAGGAAGUGCGAUUGCGUCGGACUAUUGGUUUAAAAAAGGAUGAGUAUUUUCUUGAUGGAAAACACAUAACGAAAACUGAAGUGAUGAACUUGCUGGAGAGUGCUGGGUUCUCCCGUUCAAAUCCUUAUUAUGUUGUACAACAAGGAAAGAUAGCAUCAUUAACCUUGAUGAAAGACUCUGAACGACUGGACUUGCUGAAGGAAAUAGGUGGUACUAGAGUUUAUGAGGAGAGGCGCCGUGAAAGUUUGAAAAUAAUGCAGGAAACUGGUAACAAAAGAAAGCAAAUAAUCCAAGUUGUACAGUAUUUAGAUGAAAGGCUGAAAGAACUAGAUGAGGAAAAGGAGGAACUUAGAAAAUAUCAACAGCUUGACAAACAAAGAAAAUCAUUAGAAUAUGCUAUUUUUAGCAAAGAAGUUCAAGAUGCUCAGCAGAAACUUACAGAGAUAGAAGAUGUUCGGGCCAAGGUUUCUGAAACAUCAGCAAAAAAGUAUAAUGAUGUUCUUGAUGCCCAUGAGAAAUCCAAAGAUUUAGAGAAUACAUUAAAAGAUGUAUCAAAAGAACUUCAAAACUUUAACAAAGAAAAAGAAGCUAUUGAAAAGCGACGAACAGUUGCAUUAAAGAAGCACACAGAACUUGAGCUUGAUGUCAAAGACUUGCAAGAGAAGAACUCUGGAAACAUCCGAGCCAAGGAAGAUGCUGCAAGACAACUGGAGAUACUUGAGAAAGAAAUUCAAGAUUCAACCAUUGAACUGGGCAAAAUCAUUCCCUUACAUGAGGAUCAAAUUCAGAAAGAAAAAGACAUUGCCAUGCAGUAUGUUUAUGGUUGAAUGUAUCGUUUAUUUGCUUGAAUCAGCUCACUGUAUCUAAUCUAACUCUCCUAGUUUAUUGUCUUUGACUCUUUAACAUGGUAGUUACAUAUUUUAGUGCACUCUAUUAUACUGGAAUAAUCUUAUCUCUUUUAGUGUCUCAUUUAGCUAUAAUCUUGGAUUAGGUAGGAUAUAGGACAGUAAAAUAUAUUUUUUAAUCUUUAACAUGCUUGUACUGCUUUCAACAAAAGAAAUAUAAUAGUGAAAGCCAUUUGAAGAUGGGACUGGGGAAAUAUUAUAUUUGAAGAGUUAGCACAAGAAACGGAAUUAUAAAUUAUACACCUAGCAGAAAGAGAAACUUGAGAAUGUGGAUGCUA